AUGGAGGCCGUUCUGGGAUCGUUCCCGGAGCUGGUCAGCAUAGAUGGCGCGGUCGCUCCAAAGCGGUCCUUGGCAUGGCUCUGGCAGACGGUCGCAGCCACCUGCUGCUGGGCGUUGAGCGACGUCAUCUGCGACGCUUGCAUUCGUCCGCCUGCAGCCGAUGCAGCCGGUGACACAACGGAAAGGGAAGAUGUGGGCACCAUGGGCAAGCCAAACUCCUCGCCAGAGCCGACGUCACUGCGCCAGCGUCGUCGGCCUGAUGCACUAGGUGAGGCAGUGGAGACGGAUAGCCGGGAGAGCAAGGUCACCUUACGCCGAAUCACAUCGCCCCGCUUGCGACCUUGUACGCAGUUGAUGCCUGAGGUGCCGGCUUUGGACUGGUCCUUGGAUGGCGAUGGGAAGCCCGAGGAGUUGGAGCGCUUGACGCCAGAGCAGAAUGCCUUGGUCAGCGGCUGCGUGGCUCUGGUCACAGCUCUGGUUGCCUGCAUGCUGCAUGCCGUCCCCAUAACCUUGAGCUCGACCAGACUGGCUCUGGCUGGUGUGGGAGGGUUUUUUCACUUCACCGCGUAUCUCUGCACCCUUUGUGCUUUCACUUCUGCAUCAAGCACGGUAAUUACGCCAUUGAUGCAGCUCUCCGCGCUCUGGAUGUUGCCAUUCUCCACAUCUGCAGCUUCGCUUGGGCUUGCGCCCAUCAUCCGGCCGAUCCACCUGGUUGCAGUGCUGCUGAUUUGUGCCGGCGGAUUUCUGCCAGCGGCCGACGGCUGCCUGUCCUCCGUGGCCACAGGGAAAUUCUGGCAGCAGCGUGCAGUGAGAUAUGUGGUAACCGGCGAGUUGCUGAUUUGUUGCUACAAUGUGCUUCUACAUCAAGCGACCUUUGAGGAACCAGGUCUUGAGCCGUCAACGACCGCUUUGGCACCUUUCCAGUUCUUUCUCAUCAGCCGUGUUGCGAAUGGUCUGACGUGUGCGGCUCUAUUCCUAGCCAUCCCGUCCCUUCGCUCUCAUCUUUGGGCUCUUCGCAAGGUCAAAAGGCGGUUUUUUGCUGUGGCAUUACUGGGAGAGGUCCUCUCGAUGCUCCUUGGUCCAAUCUUGACACAAACUUGCUAG